CUGGCUUCAGUCUUCAAUGGAGGUUAUCCUUUUCCUCAUUGCCUUCCUUCUUUUCUAUUUCUUGGCAGUCAAAAUUCUCAAAAGGCCCUCAGAGAAAAACUCAAGAUUAAGGCUUCCCCCAGGGCCUAACCCACUGCCUAUCAUAGGAAACAUUCAUCAACUCUUUGGUUCCCAGAUCCAUCACUUGCUCAGAGACUUGGCCAAUAUUUAUGGACCAUUGAUGCACCUAAAGAUUGGUGAAACUCCAACCAUCAUCGUCACUUCCCCAGAACUGGCCAAGGAGAUCUAUAAAACAAACGACAUCAUCUUUGCCUCGAGACCCUCUCAUGGUCUCCUAUUCAAGAUUUUUUCUUUUAAUUAUGCUGAUUUGAUCUUUUCUCCCUACGGAAAAUAUUGGAGAGAAUUACGCAAAAUCUGCACCAUGGAACUUCUCAGUCCAAAACGCGUGCAAACUUUCAAAGCAAUUAGAGAAGAUGAAGUCUUCAGUCUCAUUAAAUCGAUUUCUUCUCAGAAGGGGUCGACUAUCAAUCUAAGCAGAACCGUUGCCUCUCUCAGUUACAGCAUCACGAGCCGCGCAGCAUUUGGGAAAAGGAACAAAGACACAGAAAGAUUCAAAGAAACUCAGGAUGAACUCAAUAAACUGUCAUCAGAGUUCAGUUUAGCUGACAUGUUUCCUUCAGUCAAGUUGCUUGAGUUGAUGAGCAUAUCUAGACUUAGGAUUGAGAAAGUACACAGGCAAGUUAAUGGAAUACUUGAAAGUAUUAUCAAUGAGCAUAAAGGGAAAAUGCAAGAGUCGGCAAAACAGGAAGGCGGAGAAGGCAAGGAGGAUGAUCUUGUUGAUGUUCUUCUCAAAAUUCAGAAACGUGGGGACUUUGAACCUCAGCUAACUGAUACAAACGUCAGAGCAGUUAUCCUUGAUAUUUUCAGUGCUGGCAGCGAGACUUCAUCAACAGCCAUGGAGUGGGCAAUUGGUGAAAUGAUUAAAAAUCCGGAAAUUAUGAAAAGGGCACAACAUGAGGUGAGAAGUAUAUACAAUGACAAAGGGAAUGUUGAUGAAUCACGCCUUCAUGAGCUCAAAUACUUGCAUGCAAUCAUUAAAGAAACUCUGAGGCUUCACCCAAGUGCUCCACUAUUGUUGCCAAGAGAAUGUGGUCAGCAAUGCGAAAUCAAUGGUUAUGACAUACCAGCCAAGGCAGACAUAAUCGUUAAUGCAUGGGCAAUCGGAAGAGAUCCCAAAUAUUGGAUUGAAGCAGAGAAAUUUAAUCCUUCGCGAUUUCUUGAUUCGGAAAUUGAUUACAGAGGGAAUAAUUUUGAGUACAUCCCAUUUGGCGCUGGAAGAAGGAUUUGUCCCGGCAUAUCAUUUUCUCAAGCAGUGAUUGAGUUGGCACUUGCACAGUUGUUGUUCCAUUUUGAUUGGAAGCUCCCUGGUGAACUUAAGCCAGAAGAAUUUGACAUGACUGAGAACCUUGGUGUGACAAUCAGACCAAAAAUUGAUAUCCAGUUGAUUCCAAUUGCUUACGGUGGAUCUUGUUUGAGAAAGGAUAAUUAAACUGUCAUUUCUAGUGCCAGUUUAACUUGAUAUUAGAGCAGUGAUGCAAUCCAAUUGUGCUGGUUGUUUUUAUUUGCAUGAUAUUUCCCCUACUAUUAUUCCCUUCCCUCUAUAUGUUUGUAUCAUAUCAUUUAUACUUGCAUUUCAUAUAGAUCAUUUAGUCCAUUUGUUUGUUUAGAU